AAUAAAUGAAAUCUUAGUUCCCAUUAAUUUCCAAAAUAGAAUGUUACUAAAUCUCAUUUCAAAAUUGAAACGGACAAAACAAAGAAAAGUCCCACCCUACUUGACGCAAUAAUUAAAAAGUUUCUUAUACGAGUGUCGCUAAUUCUGCGCUGAAAUCAUUUCAAACCACGUUACCUUCUCUUGUAAACACACAGCCUUCAAAAACUUCAAACCAACUCCACCUUCUAAAUUUGGAGAGAGAAAAUUCCAGAAGAGAGAGAAACAAAACCACAACUUCCAUGGCAGACGAUGAAGAAGUCUCAUCAGAAACAGAGCAACUUAACGAUAAGCAGAAACUUGAGAUUGCGAAAUGGUUUCUCUUGAAUUCUCCCGCCGGCGAAAUCCAAUACGUUUUCAAAGAUUUGAGGACGAUUUUGAAGGAUGAUAAUGUGCAUAAUUUGGCUGCUUUGGAGGCGUUUCCUCAGUAUAAUAAAUCUCAUAUGAUUUGUCUUGAACUUCCUGAUAGAAGUAGUGAUGUGAUAAUUACUAAAUUCAGUGAGGUUGCUGAGAAUGAGUAUCUUGAUCCUAGGACGGCCCAAGUUGCUAUCGUGGAUCAUGUCAAACAAGCUUGUACAGAGGCGAGACCCGCUAGUGAUGAGGAACUUCCAUCUUCCUACAUUGAGGAAUUCAGAUGUGCUCUGGAUGCUGAUAUUAUGAAAUAUGUUAGUGAAGCUUAUCCAAAAGGUGUAUGUGCAGUUUAUUGUGUAAAGGGAAAAGAUGUGGAAGAGCCAGGAUCUGAUUUUGAGUUUGUUGUUGUGAUUUCUGCCUCCAGGCUGAGUCCCCAAAAUUUCUGCAACGGAAGUUGGAGAUCAAUAUGGAAUAUUGAGUUCAAUGAUGAGGAUCAAAUGGUGGAAAUUAAAGGAAGAUUACAGGUGGGGGCACAUUACUUUGAGGAGGGAAAUGUGCAGUUAGAUGCAAAUCAUGAAUGCAGAGAUUCAACUCUACUUCAGAACCCAGAAGAUUCAGCCUUAGCCAUUACCAACAUCAUUCGGCAGCAGGAAACAGAGUACUUAGCAUCUCUUGAGGCUUCCUACUUAAAGCUGCCAGACACCACUUUCAAGGAUCUUCGAAGAAAACUACCUGUUACUCGAACUUUGUUUCCUUGGCACAGCACUAUGCAAUUCAGCUUAACAAGAGAUAUCGCAAAGGAACUUACCAUUCGGAAGUGAGCAAUGCCAAGGCUGUCCCAGUAUAUAAUUCCUCGGUCUUUGUGAAUGAGUUGGAGCUUUUAGAGUUAGAUUUCCCUCCCUCUGUAACCUAAUUUUUCACUCUUAAGGUUUAUCAAUUGUUUGAUGACAAUGCAUUUGUUUCAAUUUUGAUUUGAUGUAAAAGUGUACAGUUGAUAGAUUGAAUUCCCAUAUGAUUAAGCGAAAA